CAACUAAAUCAGAACCACAAUAAGUUUUCCGUGUCAAAAAUUAUGUUCGUCGGUGCCGGUCGGAUGCCACUUAUCAAUUGCCCAAUUUUCAUCCACACAACACACACCAACAUAAUAAUUUCGAAUCUGUGUUUCACGUUUCCUUUCUCUUCAAGCCUAUAUAUAUCCUCAUAAAUCCCCUCCAUUUUCUUCACGAACCAAUUCAUCUUGGGAGCAAAAAUAAAAAAUAAAAAAUGGAAUUCGCACAAAUCCUCUGCAUGAACAAAGGAGGUGGGGAAACGAGCUACGCUCAAAACUCAUCUCUUCAAAGCAAAAUAAUAUCCGAUUCAAAGCGAAUCACUGAAGAAGCAGUUGAGGCCAUCAUAAGCACUUCCAAUAAUACAAGCGAUUCGCCUCAAAGCAUUUCCAUUGCGGAUUUGGGCUGCUCAUCUGGGCCCAACACAUUGCUUCUAGUCUCCGACACUCUCAACCUUCUUUACACCAAAUGCAAACGCCUUGGCUACCCGCUGCCCGAAGUUCAGGUUUUCUUGAACGACCUCUUCAGCAACGACUUCAACUACAUAUUCGGGUCACUGCCCGAUUUCCACCUCCGGCUCGUGGCCGAAAACGGAGGAGAAGUCGGGCCUUGUUUUAUCUCCGGCGUGCCGGGUUCUUUCUAUGGAAGGUUGUUUCCUAAAAGCAGCUUGAAUUUUGUGCAUUCUUCUUCCAGCCUUCAUUGGCUGUCCAAGGUUCCAGAAGGAUUGGAAGGGGAAGGGAAAAGGAGGAUGAAUAAAGGGAAGCUUUAUAUUUCUUCGACGAGUCCGAGGAGUGUGUUGGAGGCUUAUACUACACAGUUUAGGAAUGAUUUUAGGAAGUUCAUAAAAUCGCGAUCUGAAGAAAUGGUUAGUGGAGGGCGUAUGGUUAUAUCUCUUAUGGGGAGGAAAUCGAUGGAUCCUACAACUGCAGAUAGCUGUUAUCACUGGGAGCUCUUAGCUCAGGCUUUAACUUCCUUGGCUUCUCAGGGUUUGGUUGAAGAGGAAAAAAUAGACUCAUUUAACGCACCGUAUUAUGCGCCAUGCAUGGAGGAAGUGAAGAAAGAGACAGAGAAGGAAGGUUGGUUCGUCAUAGAUCGGUUCGAAGAGUUCGGGGUGGAAUGGGAUGGGUUCACCGGCGAGGCUGAGAAUGGUCUCAAAAUUCUAUCGAGAGGUCAACGAGUGGCAAAGACAAUAAGGGCAGUGGUUGAAACCAUGUUGGUGUCUCAUUUUGGUGGCCAUAUUAUGGAUGUUUUGUUUGAGCGUUAUGGGAACAUUGUUCAACAUUACUUGUCUAACCAUAGAACUAAGUACACCAAUUUGGUUGUUUCUUUUGUCAAGAAAUGAAAUAAUAUCUAUAAUUGUUAUUUAGCUUUUCUUGGGAAAAAAGAAUAAGGUCCAAAAAUAGCAAAAUCAAUCAUAAUUAUGUUUCUCAUUUCUCUGGUUCAUGUAAACCAAAAGUUCAUUAUUUGUAUUUUGUUCUUUUGCUAUCGUUAGAAGACUUUCUUCCACAAACA